CGACUAUCAUGGGGAAACUGUUCUCCUCCGACUGUGCUGCUACUGCGGACGACACCAGGUAUAACUUGGCAUUUGAAGCAGCGAGGAUUCGUAGCCUUCCGAAGAGCGCUUUCCUCGGAACAUGUCACAGAUAAUGCGGAUAGCCCAAAUCGGGUAAAAAGUAGCGAGCUUUGGGACCCUUUUAAACGAAGUGCGACUCUGAAUCCUUUCUUUCUAACUACUCCCUCCUUUGCGAUGUCAACCUUCAAUACGCUUAACGUUUUUGCGAUUGGGGCGUCCCGCAAUAUUGGUUAUCUGACGGCGAUUCGUCUGCUUGAGAAAGGCGCGACUGUAACUCUUUUAUUGCGCUCCAAGUCAGUUUUCGACGGGGAUCAAGUCAUGCAACGUUUUGUCCAGAGCGGUCAAGCACGCUUAGUUCAGGGAGAUGGGUUGAAGCAAGAAGAUGUCCGUCGAGCUUGGGCAGCAGCUGGUGAUGUUGAUGUGCUUCUUUUCACUGUUGGUGGUAUUCCCAGUUUCUCUGUCACGAAAGGCUUCAUUCAAACACCCCACAACCUGGUCACUCAAUGUCUGCUCAAUGUUGUGUGCACCAUGCCCACCAGCCAGGCACCGAAAAUCAUCGCGUGCUCUUCCACUGGACUCUCCCCCGUUGCCCAUAAAGCGCUUCCCCUCCCCAUGCGCCUGCUCUACAACUGGAUCGAGCAGCCGCAUAACGACAAGCUCGCGAUGGAACGUGUUAUCUCACAUCUGGCAGGCUGGAGAUGGGGCUACGAGAACAACGUAGAGGCCGACCGAGCAAUCUUACCGCAGGGUUGGGAGCAGCUACCGGGCUUGCCAGCUGAGGGAAGCCACAAGAAAGUACUUGUCGUUCGGCCGGCAUUUUUGACUGACGGGAAAUCGGUCGCGGACGAGAAGGAGCCAGGCUAUCGCUACAGUGAGCACGACUUGCCGUCUUGUUACACCAUCUCGCGAGCGGACAUUUCACAUUUCCUUGUCAAAGCCCUUUCGGAAUGGGAUCAGAUGCAAGGCAAACGCAUCAACGUAGGGUACUAA